GCGGGGCUGGCGGCGGUCAUGGAGGAGGGCGGCGGGGCCGGGCUGGCGGCCGAGUGUGUGGACGAGCCGCCCAACAGCCGCCUGUUCGUUGUGCUGGGCAAGGACGCGGGCAAGGCGCUGAUCCGCGAGCGCUUCGCGCCCUUCGGCGACAUCCAGAACAUCUGCCUGGUGCGCGACAGGCUCACGAGCGAGUCCCGCGGCGUCGCCUACGUCAAGUUCGCGCGCAGCUCGCAGGCCUGCCGGGCCAUGGAGGCGCUGCACGGCCGCAGCCUGGCGCCCGACACCAAGCCCAUCAAGGUAUUAAUUGCGCAGUCUAGAGCUUCUGGAAGCCACCGAGAUGUUGAAGAUGAAGAACUUACACGAAUUUUUGUUAUGAUACCGAAGUCCUAUACGGAGGAGGAUUUGCGAGAUAAAUUUAAGAUAUAUGGAGAUAUUGACUACUGCAGCAUUAUUAAGAACAAGAACACAGGAGAAAGUAAAGGUUUGGGCUAUGUGAAGUAUAUAAAACCAUCUCAAGCUGCCCUGGCAAUAGAAGAGUGUGAUCGAAAUGUACGAAAAUGCAUCGAGGAACUUGAAAUACGUGUGGCUGAUUUUUCAGAUUACAGGGCCAUUUUGGCUGAACCUAGAAAAAAGCCAUGUGAAUCCUCUGAACAUGAAAAUUACAUUAGUUAUGGUAGUGCUGAGCAGGAAUCAAGAGGGAAUAUGUUUCCAUUUGGAGGGCAGACAGAAUUUUGCAGUUUUGAAAAAAAUGAGACCAGAAUUCAGAAAUCAGUCUCCAAACGCCUGUCAGUGGCAUCACGACUCCCCUUCAUAAAAGAGCAGCUGUUUACCCUCUUUGAUCUAGUUCCAGGGCUGGAAUACUGUGAUGUGCAGCGAGAUCCUCAUACUAACUAUGGGUAUGCUGUGAUUCAGUACAGCAGUGCAGCAUCAGCUGUAUAUGCUAAAUACAAGCUACAUGGUUUUGAAUACCCACCUGGAAAUCGGCUGGCAGUCGCUUUCCUUGAAGAUGGAAAUGAUGGAUCAGACCUUAUCAGAAAAAUGGCAACACAGUUGGUGACUGCACAAGUGUCCUCAGUGGUGUGGAAUAGUAAUCUAGUUAGUCAGCAGCACAGGACAUCUUCUGCUUAUGGAGAAAGUUCUGGCUUUCAGUUACUUCAGCCCCAAACAGAUGCUCUGCUUCCAUCACACAAAAAAAAAGCUCCACCUGAUACUUCUGUGAAGGAAAGGCUUUUUAUAGUGUUUAAUCCCCACCCUUUACCUGUACAUGUAUUUGAGGAUGUGUUUUGUCGGUUUGGACACCUUAUUGAGGUUUACCGUGUGCCAGGAAAAAAUGUGGGCUAUGCCAAGUUUGCAGACAGAACGAGCGCCAACAAUGCUAUAACUGCAUUACAUGGCAAGGUUGUGAAUGGCGUCAGACUUAAAGUAAGACUGGCAGAUUCACCUACAGAAGAGUCCAACAAACGUCAGAGAACUUAUUGACACAGUGGAGCAGAGAUUAAAUAAUGACCUGACCUCCAACUGACUGACUGAAAACGUGACUAGAUGACUUGACACGAUUCCUGUGGACACUGACAGCUUUUUAUACUGUUGUUAAUUGUUGUUUGUAUAAAACAUUUUCUGUUUCAAAAUUGAAAUGGAGACAUGGUAUAAAUUUAAAUUAGUCAACCUUUUAGCUGUAAACUCAUAAGUUUUCUGUAUUAGAGAAAUAAAUAAAAAGUUUGUUUCACUAAAUCAUGCCUCUAAUAUGGAAAUAAUAGUGAUAGGAGAAAAACAAGGGAGGCAUCAUUAAUGGUUUGACUUGUUAAUUGCCAGUGACUCAGACUAUACAUACUAAAGAGUAAUUGUGAGUGUAGACAUUUUAACAUAGUCAAAAUGAUAGUAAGAACUGGAUCUAUAUAACUAGAUUUUUUACAAAAUCUGGUAUAGAAUAUUUCAAGGAUUGCUUGCAGAAUAAGCCCAUGUACCGGUACAUGGUUGGGGACUGCCUGGCUAAUCAGCAGCUCUACAGAAAAAGACUUGGAGGUUAUAGUGGACAGUAAGUUUAAUAUGAGCCAACAGUGUGCUUUUCUUGCUAAGAAGGCUAAAAGCAUACUGGGCUGUGUUAGUAGAAGCGGUGCCAACAGAUUGAGGGAAGUGAUUAUUUCACUCUAUUCAGCACUGGUGAAACCACAUCUGGAGUAGUGAGUUCAGGUUUGGGUGCCCCAGUACAGAAAGGAUGUGGACAAAUUGGGGCGAGUCCAGCCAGAGUGCAGUGAAAAUGGUUAGGGGGCUGGGGCACAUGACUUACGUAGAGAGGCUUAUUGGGAAGGAACUGGGUUUACUUAGUCUAGAGAAGACUGAGUGGGGGGUAUUUAAUAGCAGCCUUCAACUAACUGAAGGGUGGUUCCAAAGAGGAUGGAGCAAGACUGUUUUUAGUGGCGGCAGAUGACAGAACAAAGAGCAAUGGUCUCAAGUUGCAGCAAGAGAAGUUUAGGUUAGAUAGUAGGAAAAACUUUGGAGGGUAGUAAAGCACUGGAAAAGGCUGCUCGGAGAGGUUGUGGAAUCUCUAUCCUUGGACGUUUUUAAGACCCAGCUAGACAAAGCCUUAACUGGGAUGAUCCAGUUGGGGAUGGUCCUGCUUUGAGCAGGGGGUUGGACUAGAUGAUCUUCUGAGGUCCCGUCCAACACUAAUUUGCUACAGUUCUGUGAAUACUCAGCUUUGUCCAAACUGAAAUUCAGAUACAGAAAAGAUUUUUUUUUUUUUAAGAAGGGACUAUAAGCACGUGUUUAAUUAUUUUUUUUCUGAACUGGGGCUAGAAUUGCUUUUUUUUUUAAAUGCUGACUUUAGACUGGGAAUCAAGAGAUCUAUAUUACUAUUGGUAGGUAACUAUCAUCACCUUGGUAUUUUGAACAGUGUAGCACGCAUUAUCUAUGAAAUUGGCCACCUGAACAGGUCACUACUUUUUGGGGAAUUAUAAUAAUUUGUUAAACAACCCAUUGUUCCCUGAGGAACCAUGACUGAAGGAAUUAAUAAAGAUGGCCAUAAUGAAAAUGUAAAGGCUAUAUAGCUCACUGAGUGAAUGCAUUGAUCUUUUGUCUCCAGAACAUGCAGUUUAGAUUUUCAGAUGCAUAGAUUAAAAUACUUGACAGUAUUUCACUGCAUGUGGAAAUAGAAUGACAGUCUGUACACAACAGGGUUCCAAUGUAGUUUAGAUGAAGGUACAUUAGUACAUAUUUGUGUGAAGAAGUUUAGGCAGUAUCUAGGGGCACUGACAGAUGUGAAAAAAACAAACAAACAGCACUUUACCAGAAGAGGAAUCAUGUUAGUUUGACCCAGCUCCCCAGUGUCUAUAUUGAUCAAACACUUCAGCAGGGCUAUUUGGCACUCUUAUCUAGAGCUGAUUCAAUAAGUUGUUAGAUAAAAACACCAAAAAGCCCUGCUGAAGCACACUAUCUAUACAGAUGUUGAGCGAGCUGGAUCAAGCUAAUGCAAUGCCUCUUUUGGGCAUUGCACUGUGCUCAGCAUGGGGGUGCACUGAGCUGAAAGUAAAGUGCUGUUUUGUUUUUUUCCACAUUUGUAAGCAGCCUUGAUGCUUUAAAUUAAAUUUAAGCAUGGUUUAGUUUUCUUCUAAUACACUUGGAUCACUUGUAUAGUUUUGUUUAUAAGAAGUUGACUGAGAGAUAUAUGGUGUACCAUGACUGAAACAGUUUAGGGUGAGAGGUAAAACCAUAUCUUUAAUUCAUUCUGACUUCAGAGUAUUUACAGGUCUAAUACCCAUUAAGGCUAGUAUUUUUGCAACUAAAAUAUUUGUAGGGGCCAUGCUUGCUCAGCUUGCCACUGUCUUUGAGUACCAAUACCUAAUUUGCCCAGUAGAGGGUGCCCAAUAAAUGCUACUCAUCUGUGUGACAAUCCAGUUUACAAGCCUGGUAAUGUAGUAAGUUUUCAGCUACUAUUAAUUUAAAGUGAGCUAAGCUUGGCUUCAGGUCUGGUGGGGGCAGGGGUCCAGCAAGAGUUGCACACUCUAAUCUCCUCCCAUGGAGACAGGACAAAAAGUGAAAUGCUCCAAAACAGUAUCUCGUUUUCAGCCACUUCUGGGAUGUUUCAGAGGGCUUUUAUCUUUGUAUGUUUUAGAGGUGCCUGAAAUGUUUUACUUGUUGUGUCUGUCCACAUCUCCUGGUUAAAGCAGUUGAAUGAUGUCCUGGACAAUAGAAUUCUAUCCCUGACACUGCCACAAAGUUCCAAAAUGAGGGGUCACAGCACUAAAAAGCGGACUCUUAAGCCUUACAGACUUUUCAUUGUAAUAGUUGGACUCACUGCAGAAGUGGAUGUCAUCUGCCAAGAAAAAUUGUGAGCUACUGAUUUAAAUGAAACUUUUCAGAUUUGGUCAUUAAUUGUGUACCUCUUCUUUUCUGGAUGCCUGAUUUGAUCACCUGCUCUGCGCUUUGCAGAUGUGCUGAAUGCUGGAAGUAACUAAAGGUAAUAGAAGCUGUUCUUUGAACUUGUAAGUCUAAGAAUUCUGAAGAACUCGAAUCAGGAGUGUCUUAGAUUGGGCACCCAAGGAAUCAAAUAAGAAAAUGGUUUUGAGCAAUAGAGAGGAACCUUGAGUUCUCUGUGGAUGUUUCAGCUGUGCAUAAUAUGGAGACUGUUCCCUUCCCUAAGGCUGCAACACACCCCUGGCUGCUUGAAUGUAGAAUGUGGUGGAAUCUUGAAGCAUCUUGAGAUGGGUUUUUCACUUGUAAAACUGGAAUAAAAAUACGUGAUCUUACUAUA